AUGAGUGUUCCUCUGACAUGUGCCAGCAGUACUAUAGGAACGCCGAACAUGAUUCAUCAACCAGCUGCCUGCUUGAAAGGCCUGGAGGCCUUAAGUCAUGUUUUUGGAACACAGCGAGUCCUCAAUAAAUGUUCAUGGACUGAUAAGGACAAAAAAUGCUUGGGUAUAAAAGCCGUGUUCGGAAUACAGUUUUGGAACAAACAGGAAGCCCAGUCGGGCCCUUUGCAGACGAGGGACAGGAACUCCCUACCGCUGCACGACUUCCCCAAGGUGAAGCCUAAGACGGUCAGGGAUCCCCUUGGACCAGCUUUUCUCCCUCGGAAAUGCGGUCUCUUUCCUUGGGCUCCAAGGUGUCUGGGGCAAGAGUGGGACCAACAGAAGAUCCGGGGGAGAGACUCGCCCCCAGGGCAGACGACAGGAGUUCCCAGCGGCCGGCGCGCGCGGAGCCCGCAGCAGCGGACCCUCAGCCGGCGGAGCUGCGAGCGGCGCCGCCCGAACUCCCGGGCUCGAAUUGGCUUGAGCGGGGCCGGGCGCGGAGGGGCGGCGCGGAACACAGCGCGGCGAAGCAAAAGCGCUCCCGGGGGUCGGCGGCCACAGAGCCCACACCCCGGGGCGGGGCCGGGGUGGAAGCCGCGCCAGCAAAGUUGCAGCGAAGCGCGAAAGGUGCGAUGGUGCGGACAGCUCCCGGGAGGCGGCAGCCGACGCGCCCCGUGGCUCCCCUCCUUACCUUUCCUUCCCCGGCCCUGCGCCGAGCUCCGGCCUUGCGCCCUCAGAAGUUUCCCAGCCGAGCACGCUGGGCCCGGCUGGCCGGCGCCGAAGCCCCGAGCGCCCGGCUGGCGCGCUCCUCGCCGCCCACCCGGCCGCCGCCGCCCGCCCCGCGCCGGGACGCACAGUGACCGAAGCCCAUUCCGGUGCGGCGCGGCGGCGCGGGCGGGGGCCGGGCACGGGCGCGCGCCCCGGGGCGCAGGGGGAGGGCGGGGGCGGCGGCGGCCGGCGCGCUGGGGCCGGGGCGCCCGAGCUUCCCGGGAGCAGGCGGCGCGGCCACCAGCUUGUAGGACUGCCGAUAGACCGGGCGGCCGCUGCGGACCAAAGUUUGCAAAGACGGGUUUCCCCAAGUGGACACUGAUCACGGUUAGAAAAUAAGCCUAGCAUUCGCUGUUCUAGGCAGAGAGCGUUGGAAUUGAUGACUGGGAUGAAAAGCAACUCUUUGUGUGCCCUCUCCUUCCCGCACGCCCCACCCCCCACACCACAAACAAGAUGAGAUAAAUGACCACAGUGGGGAUGGAAAUUUGGGGUGUAUAGGACAAAGAAAGGUUAAUUUCUUUUUUUAGAAUUAAGUUUAUUUUGGGGCGCCUGGGUUAAGCUUCGGACUUGGGCUCAGGUCAUGAUCUCACGCACUCAGGUGAUGAUCUCACGGGUUUGUGGGUUCGUGCCCUGCAUCAGGCUCUGUGCUGACAGCUCAGAGCCUGGAGCCUGCUUCAGAUUCUGUGUCUCCCUCUCUCUCUCUGCGCCCUCCCUGCUGUGAGCUCUCUCUCUCUGUCUCUCUCAAAAGUAAAUAACAUCAAAAAAAAUUUUUUUAAAUAAAAAAUAAAAUUAAGUUUAUUUUGAGAGAGAGAUUGCAAGUUGAGGAGGGCCAGAGAGAGAGGGCAAGCCACAAUCCUGAGCAGGCUCUAUGCUAUCACAUGUCGGGGCAGAGCCCAACCCUCAUUUGACUGAGCCACCCAGGAGCUAGGGAAGGUUAGCUUCUUGAUUCAAAUCAGUGGGCUUCUCAAAAAAAGCAAAUGGGUGAAAAGCAUAGACAACCAUAGAAGGAACAAUUUAAAAAUACAAAUGGUUUUUAAAAAAAGUUCAAAUUAGUAUUAAACCAAAUGCAUGCAAUUUAAGGCAAAGCUCAAAUGUAUUUUUCCUCCUAUGAAAUUAGUGAAGUUUUGUUUUGUGUCGGUGAUCAAACCAUAGGGUGGUCCGUGAGGGACCAGCCAAACACAUAACUUACAUAGGGAUUUCUGGUCCCUUCUCUUGGCACCCUCACUUGCCCUUCGUAUAACCACAAUGGGGACAGUCAUUCCAGAAACAAACAUUUGCUGAAUAAUCAAUGUCUCUUUCUGUCCCCAGAAUAACUGCAAAAGUAGUUAAUAUAAACUGUAAAAUUAACCUCCUUUAACUGUGCUGAAACUGAGGGUAAAAAAAAAAAAAAGCCAUAUUCCUACACACUAUACAUAGUUAGAAAGCAGUCCACUGCUAUGUCUUUGCUCUUACCUUCAUUCUAGAGAUUUACUCAGAAAUGUUGAAAUAAUAGUUGGAACUGGAUCUAGUCCAAGAUUUCAAAUAUGUUUAUAUAUUUGAAAUAUGGCCAGGGAAGUGAGAAGGUCACAAGUUUACCAGAUGUACUCUGGGCUUAGACUUCACUUCUUAUUUAGUGUUGCACAUCACAUUUUUUAAGGAUUAUGUUCGAUUUAAAAACUCAGAAGCAGCAAGGAUGUGCUUGUAUGACAGAUGCUACGGUGGCCCCAUGAUUCCCGCACCUAAUGGUUUCACACCUUUGUGGGAUCCCCUCCUUUUGAGUGCAGUUGGGACCUGUGACUCACUUAUAAACAGUAAGUAUAGCACAGGUGAUGGAUGUCACUUCUGUGACUCAUUUACGUUACAAAAGACUCUCAGUAGAGACUGCCAUCUCUGGCUUGAUGAAAUAAGUGGCCUUGUUGGGGAAGUCCAUGUAGCAGGAACUGUAAAUGGCCUUUAGGAGCUAAAAGCAGCCUCCAGCCAAUAGCCAGCAAGAAGUCAGGGCCUUCAGUUCUACAAACACAAAGAAAUGAAUUCUGUCAACCAUCUAAGUAACCUUGUAAAUAGAAUCUUCCCCAGUCAAGCCUCCAGAUGUGAGUGCAGACCAGAGGAUACCUUAACUGUGGCUUUGUGAAACCCUAAGCAGAGGAUCCAGUUAAGUCGUGCCUGGACUCCUGACCCACCAAAAUUGUCAUUGGAUAGGUUCCUUGUUAAAGUUGCACAAAAAGAAAAAGGUUCCAUUGAGCCAAUAGAUAGCAGUGAUUGUGCCAGUGAUAGCGAAAGUCAUCCUACACAAUAAACCUCCUCUCAUCUCCCUCACACCAGCCACAAGGGUUUUCAAAGGCUCAGCUUGGCAGUCUUGGGAAGAACACGGGUCCCCUCUGGGCCUCUUGCCGGCUCUCACAGGCCAGCAGGAAGAAAUGGCCUUUGGCCGAUGCUGAUGGAGUUAGCGGAGGAGCAGAGAGGAGGCGCCUUCUGAAGCACAGCCUUCCAGUUACACAGCAAAUCACCUUUGGGAUGUUCCUGAUGUUUCAUAUGCAUUACUUCAGGUAAACCUCAGAAAAGUCCCUACUAAGCACCAGACAACAGGAAAGAAUGUUACUAUUACCAGCACGGAAAAGAACAGCUACUUGACAGAAGAAACAACCCCAACCAUCCUCACUGUAAGAAGAGUGUUACUUCUCUGUAAGAAGCCGCCUCCCUGGCAGCUGCCGUUAUUACAGGAAGUGUCUCCUCUGUGCCAGUGGAAAUACAUGUGAACGCCAGACGGAAAAGACUGACUCGUAGCACUUGAGUACUUUAUGUGCAACAAAUCUAUGUUGUUACUUGUGACACCACAAGACCUGAGCUGAACUGUAACCCACUCUCAAGCAAGCAGACAAGUGGUGUUGCUGUGAUAGCUACUGCAGUAAGAUGAGGACCCUGGCUCAUCUUGUUGAGAGCAGCAGCUACGGGAGCAGAGCCCACGAGCUCUAGGAGGAAGGGACUGUGCUGGCUCAAUGCCCAGAGAGAGCAGGAGCUCCAAGACCUGUUGUCUAUAUUACUAUGGAUUACCUCCAUGGCUCCUGAUGAACUAGGGUGUGAAUGGCCUGGUCUGACAGCCAGAUUUUUCUAACUCUCAUGUUAUCAGGAUCAAAUGCUCCAUACCUGGACUGUCUGGUAAUCGGAAGCAUCGAUCCCUUUCACGGUAACCUCUCGGAAGACUCGUGGCUCCAGCUCCUCUUUGGUGAGGUCACAGUGAUAAAUGAUACCUAGAAGGAAGCGGAAGUCCUGAUUUAGUCCACAAGCUCACUGACUGCAAGGGGGCAAGGGCACACAGCACAACUGGAUGCCAUGAAUCACAAGAGAGGAACAUGAGUUGGGGACCUGCUGCCAUGUGAGGGUCACUGUGCCAAGAGUGCUUAUUAGAACAGUCUGUGCAUGGAGUGUUCACUUUUCCUCACUGCCACCACACACAGCGUUUUGACGACCAUCAUCUGUCGUAUACAUUUUAGAAGAUUCCAUAGCAUUCCAUGAGUAUGAGAAGAGGUAAAAACUGUAAGAGUGAAAACUUAACAGGUCUUCCCUAUGCUGGGUCACUUAGGAAUGCAGGUCAAAAAAGACGGCGAACUUCAUGUAGGGCCACUUCACCUUGAGAGGUGAAUUAAGAUGGAAAACUCAAAUGACUGGCCCCAAGUCAACAACCAGCCAGAAGCCUCCUGAUGGGAACUCUGGGGCUCCUGACACCAGAUACCCACCUGUCCGUGCACACACACGUGGACAGCAGUCAGGGACCAGAGAUGACCAGGUAGUGAUGAACUUGUUCCUGAAAUAAAUGGUCACAUGGAGUCACCGAAGGAGGUUUACUGGCCUUUGGGAACUCUGGCUUUUAUUAAGAAUGG